UGAAAAUGCAAUGUCAGAAGUAUAUCUCGUCAGCUACAAUCCGUGUCGAAUUCCGAAAUGAAGUUGAGGAUUUUGUGCUGUGUUUUGUUGGUUCUCGCUCAGUUACACCACGGUGAGUGCAAGAGAGGUAGUUCAAGAGGGAGCAGAGGAAAGUCCUCUUCAUCAGGUUCCAGCUCGUAUUGGGGUAGUAGCAACAACAAAAAGUCAGGAUCGAAACAAUCGUCAGGAACCCAAACUGUGCAGAAUCCUAACCCGAAACCUGCACCAUCUCAAGCAGUCAAACCGUCAACCACUCAUCAAGAACAACCAUUCAAAAAGCAAAAUUCUGAGCCUCAGCAGUCUGCCAAUCCUCAGCAAACUCCAAUUGGUUGGAAUGUUCCGGGAACUAAUCAAAAUUCUGGCUGGAAGACCGGUUAUCAAAACCAAGGUGUUAAUCAACAGAGUCACAGUUACGCCUCUGGUCAUCAACCACAAGGAGCUUGGGCAAACCCAAACUCUCAUGGAGGCUAUCAUCCCAACCAAAAUGCUCCCAGUUACAAUCAACAUGGUUACCCCCAACAACACGAAUAUCCCCAACAACACGGAUAUCCCCAACAACAUGGAUAUUCCCAACAAAAUGGCUACCAAGGUUAUUCAGGCUAUCCCCCGCAGCACGGUUUCAAUGGUUACAACUCUCCAAAUUCCUGGGGAUAUCCCAACUCUCACAAUGGACAGAGAGGAGGGUUCUUUGGAGGAGGAAUGGGUGGGUACGGUGGAGGUAUGGGAGGCUAUGGAAGUGGUAUGGGAGGCUAUGGAGGUGGUAUGGGGGGCUUUGGAGGAAUGGGAGGGUAUGGAGGCAUGAUGGGAGGUGCAGGUUCAUAUGGAAUGAGAAAGAAAUCUGGAUUCUUCAGUGGAAGUACAUUCAGAAACGUCCUGACUGGCAUGUUUAUAUGGCAUAUGACUUCCAGUUUAGUUGGAGGGAUGUUCAAAAGACCUUACAACGUGUACAACUAUUAUAAUCAACCGCCAAUGAAAGAAGAAAUACAAUUACCUGCGAAUGUGCUGACAAUGUGUGAAGGAAAUGUUACGCAGUUGUGUACAGGUUCAACGGCAAUAUGCACUACCAACAGCACAGUACUCUGUGUCGUCACGAUGUCGCAAGCUGCUCCAUGUGGAGAAGAGAACGCUUUAUGCGUAAACACCACCGUACCCUGCGCAGACAAAAUGGAUCCACUCUGCCAAAACACUACAUCGCAACAGACCGAAGCAACCGUUAACAUACCGUGUUUCACGAAUCUGACGAUGGACGUAAAUCUUUUGAAUGAAACAGGAAAACAUCAAGAUGGUUCUGCAUAUAAGUAUUGCGUUACCACUAUGGCGGUAGCUGGACCGGAAUAUAAAAAUUGUUUGGAGGGGGAAAAUGGAAAAAAAGAUAAUUAUAGGAGUGUAUUACAAGGAAACUACACCUGGAACCUAACCCUAGAAACCAUGAAACGCCCCUACACCGUUUAUAACUACUACAACCCUACAGAAACCCCCUCAGGGGAAGUAGUGAUGCCUCUCAACUUGCUGAUUCCUUGCAUCGAGAAUGCGACGAAACUUUGUGCACCAAAUACGGUUCCAGUAUGCACUUCCUUCAAUGAGAUUAUGUGCUUAGAAGUACUGAGUGCUUCAAAGUACUGUGAAGAGUACAACACCACUUGCAUCAAAAGUCUGAUUCCUUGUUUGGAAGGCGAUCCUCUAUGCGUGAACAAAACGGAAGAAGAACUCAUAAAGGAAAAUGAUCGAAGUAUGGUCAAAGUUGAUAUGCCAUGUUUCGCAAAUAUCACCAUCAAUACGAAUUUGCCUAACUUUGAUAUUUAUUCAUUCAAUGGAACCAUACCACUGGGAACUAAUACUAGUUACACAUAUCAUUACCAUUACUGCGUAGUGACACUAGGAAUACCAGGUGCUGAAACAGAUGUUUGUAUCAUUUCUGCAGAGUCGAAAUCAUAAUGUCAUGUUCAGAUCAUAACUGUUAAAAUAUUGGAAAUAUACUCAUACUAAUGUUA